AUGGUUGGGAAGAGCCACUUACCUCGACUUGAUGCAUUCAAGGAGUUUGAGUGGUUCAGCAUACACUUUAAGCAAUUCCCGAGUCACUUCGAUCCCAAAUCCACAGCAGAGACCGGCGGAGGACCCCAGCGCCGGCUGGCCGGCCGCAUCACCGGCGGAGAGAAGAUCUCCCGCUGCGCUCGUCCUGGAGGAGGAGCCACCGCGGAGGUGGGUGCCGGGCGCAACGCCGCUGUAGGCGCCAUCCGCGAGCGCGAGCGCUGCUGCUGCGGGGCCGGAACGGCUGCUCGACGGCGGACUCUCCAGCGGGACCGCGAGGGCCCCGAGGCGGCGGCCCGCGCCUGUGCGCCGCAAAGCCGGAGGAGUGGUGGGUGUCUGGGACGGCGCGGCAGCUUCGGCAUCGACUGCCGCGGCGCAAGAGGAGCCGCUCACGCCGGAGCCAUAGAUGAAGACGGAGGCCCCGGUCGGCACGGACUCGAAGGCGAGCGCGUGACAGGCGGCGACCUCGACGACCGCAGAGGUCGGAGAUGGCAGCGGCGCGGCCUCGUGCUCGUCGUGUCGUCGUCAAGGACGACGAUGUCGUUCCCCGGCGCCGCGCUCAACCGUCGCGUGCUCCGCGUUGGGAGCCGCCACCGGCCCGGACUUCAGCAGGCCACUGAGCCAUGGUCGCGCAGAAGGGCGCCGCUGAGCCGCGUGCUAGAUGGAGCGCUCGCACUGCUUGCAGGCUGUAAGUCGUCCGUGCCGUGGAUGCGAACAGAGGCUGCUGCCUCCGGUCUUGGACAUGAGACCGCAUCAUCGACAACAUCAUUCACCGUUUGAGUACCUGUGAAGAAAUCCACAGGAAGAGGUGUCGAGAGAGUCGCCGCGCCGGGGCUGUGGUCGCCUCGGGCUGGUGCAGGAGGUCGAGGCUGCGGGGUCACUCGGCGGCUGAAGACAUGCGCCGCCGCGCCGCUCUGCAGGGUGAGGCCUGCUCGCAUCAUACGGCGGAGGGCUUGUCCUGCCGCCAGUUGCCGAGGACGACGCUCCGUCGGAGAGCGUGCUGAUAACGUGUGAAGGAUCGAUUGUAAACGAACAAAAGAGUCGAACAAAUGAAUCGAUAAGAUAUUUUUCCA